UUAGACUUGGGAGUUGUAGUACUAAUCCAGUCUGAGUUGGAAUCAUGGCGGUGACCAAGGAACUCUUACAGAUGGACCUGUACGCGCUGCUAGGUAUAGAGGAGAAGGCGGCGGACAAAGAGGUGAAAAAGGCAUAUAGGCAGAAGGCCCUCUCCUGCCACCCAGACAAAAAUCCAGAUAAUCCCAGAGCAGCUGAACUCUUCCACCAGCUUUCUCAGGCCUUGGAGGUACUGACCGACGCUGCGGCCAGGGCCGCGUACGACAAGGUCAGGAAAGCCAAGAGGCAGGCAGCAGAGAGGACCCAGAAACUAGAUGAGAGGAGGAAGAAAGUAAAGCUUGAUCUGGAGGCCCGGGAGCGGCAGGCGCAGGCCCAGGGCAGUGAGGAGGAGGAGGAGAGCCGCAGCACCAGGACACUAGAGCAGGAGAUCGAACGCCUGCGAGAGGAGGGUUCCCGGCAGCUGGAGGAGCAGCAGAGGCUGAUCCAGGAACAGAUACGCCGGGACCGGGAGCAGAGGCUGAGAGGAAAGGCAGAAAAUCCUGAAGGCAAAGAAACUCCCAAGCUAAAGCUCAAGUGGAAGUGCAAGGAGGAUGGGUCAGACGGCGGCUACUCCAGAGAUGUCCUCCUGCGGCUUUUUCAGAAGUAUGGAGAGGUGCUCAACCUGGUGCUUUCCAGGAAGAAGGCAGGCACCGCCGUGGUGGAGUUUGCAACCAUCAAGGCUGCGGAGCUGGCUGUCCAGAAUGAAGUGGGCCUGGUCGAUAACCCUCUGAAGAUUUCCUGGUUGGAGGGACGGCCUCAGGGCAGAAAUGGCCCCAGCCACCCAGGACUGGCACAGGGCUCAGUGGUGUCUGAGAGGGACUACGAAAGCCUCGUCAUGAUGCGCAUGCGCCAAGCAGCUGAGCGGCAGCAGCUGAUUGCCCAAAUGCAACAGGAAGACAAGCUGGGACAGCCCACGUAGCUCCAGUCUUGCCACCCCACAGCCUUUUCUUAACCCUCACCAAUAAAUUUUUUUUUUAAA